UCAGAGCUGCUGUUGCUAGCCUCGGCUCUGUGAAUCAGAGGGCGUCCAACACAGAGCAAACAAACAAACAAAAAACAAACAAAAGAAAUGCCACGAAUAUAAAUACUACAUUUUAAGCAGCAAGGAGCUGUUUCUUAUUUUUCCACAAGCUGAGCAGGGCGGCUGGCCUUCUCUGACAACCACAACACAGAUGCACAGGUUAACGUCCUUUAUUCUUUUUUCUUCGUCCGUAAAUGUUUGACCACAUCACUGUGACGUAUUGUCAGACUUUUGGAACAAGAUAUUAUUGGAUUUUAAUUUGAACAUAAAAUAUCUGUUGCUGCAACGCCUUUGGUUCAGAGAGGAAUAUUUAGAAUAAUCAUGAACACCCACGACUCAGACGUGCACACCAUCUCUCCAGAGCUGCCAGCAAUGUUUGAUGGCAUGAAGCUGGCAGCAGUGGCCACAGUGCUCUACAUCAUUGUCCGCUGCUUGAACCUCAAGAGCCCCACUGCGCCACCGGACCUCACCUACCAGGACACGCCUCUCAACCGCUUCCUUCUCAAGUCUUGUCCUCAGCUGACCAAAGAAUACAUUCCUCCCUUACUGUGGGGUAAGAGCGGUCACCUCCAAACGGCACUGUAUGGUAAACUUGGUCGGGUGAGCUCCCCUCACCCCAGUGGAAUCAGAAAGUAUUUACCCAUGCAGGAUGGGGCCACUGCGACCUUUGACCUCUUUGAGCCACUGGGGGACCAUCGAACAGGAGGUGACAUCACCAUGGUGAUAUGCCCUGGUAUUGGUAACCAUAGUGAGAAGCAUUAUAUCCGAACCUUUGUGGAUUACGCCCAGAAGGAUGGUUACCGCUGUGCUGUGCUGAACCAUCUUGGAGCUCUUCCCAACAUCGAGCUUACCUCUCCACGAAUGUUCACUUAUGGGUGCACAUGGGAGUUUGCAGCCAUGGUUGGUUACAUUAAGCGGACAUAUCCUCAGACCCAGCUUAUUGUAGUUGGCUUCAGUCUGGGUGGAAACAUUGUAUGCAAGUUCCUGGGCGAGAACAGGACGAACCAGGAGCGAGUGCUGUGUUGUGUCAGUGUCUGUCAGGGGUACAGUGCUCUCAGGGCUCAGGAAACAUUCCUACAGUGGGAUCAGUUCAGACGCUUCUAUAACUUUCUCAUGGCUGACAACAUGAAGAAAAUCAUCCUCUCACACAGGCACAGUCUGUUUGGAGGAAGCUCAGUUAAAAUGAUAGAUGCAGAUCUUAGUCGGCUAUACACAGCGACUUCCCUAAUGCAGAUUGAUGACAACAUCAUGAGAAAAUUCCACGGCCACAGCUCUCUCAAAGAGUACUAUGAGAAGGAGAGUUGUGUUCAUUAUAUUCACAAUGUAAAUGUGCCACUGCUGCUAGUGAACUCUGCAGAUGAUCCUCUGGUUCACGACUCACUGCUCACUAUCCCUCGCACACUAGCAGCAAAGAAGCAGAAUGUGGUCUUUGCCCUGACGCUACACGGAGGCCACCUGGGCUUCUUUGAGGGAGCAGUGCUUUUCCCUCAACCCCUCACCUGGAUGGACAAAGUGAUUGUGGGAUACGCCAAUUCCAUGUGCCAGUGGGAGAAACAGAAACCACCGUGCCAAAGUGGCCACCUGAGGGAGAGCUCCUGCGCAGAGGAAAAAGCUUAAACCUCUGACUUCUGUACCUCUCUUACUCGUCCUCUUCCCUCUCACCGUCUCCAACACCAAUGUCCCAGCACUGAGGAGAUACCUGAACUAAACCUUAAACUGCUCUCUCCUCUGCCUUCUCCUCUGGUGCUACUCACCUCCACCGACCCACACUCCUCCACGCCUUCACCACAGUUCCCCUUUGUAACCACCAUCACCUUACAGUAUGUGAAGGAACAAAAACAACUAACUGCCUUUGUGCUCGUUUCCCUUGCGAGAACUUUGACUUCAGACCAGGACCAUUUUGUUUCAUGUACACAACAAUGAUCCUUGGCUAAUGGAGGCGUUGACCAAAUAUGACGGGAGAUGACAUUGAGCUGGCACGGAAAGGAAAGUGAGAGCACCACUUUAGAGUAGUCCAGUGAAAAACAAGAGCACACAAGAAGCCUCUUAUUACAGUAAACAAGGACUGUGCUGCAGAAGGUGCCCAUUUCUUGCACCUGUAAGAAGCUCACUGCUUAUCACCGCCAAGGCCAUAUAGCCUAGUCUGCUGUCUUAACCAACGCAGCAUCUUUGUAGUAUGUAUGUAUGUAACUCACAGAUGUAGUUUGUAUGUCUGUGUGUGCCUGUGUAGACUGAGAGUUAAAGACCCGUGACGGAGCAUGUGACCUUUGUGUUUGGUUGGUGUAAUCCAAAUUCUCUGUUCUUGGUCCAUUGGCCCUUAUAAUGUCUGUUCCUUCGGGUGAACCAUUGCUCUGUUGUUUGUGGAAAGUGUUCAGUAGAAAAAAGAUUAUGGUGGGAUUUUACACAUUAUUUCCAGCUCAUAACAUCCUCCAGGCACUUAUGUUUAACACUUGAAAUGAAAGUGUUCAGUGCUUACCAGACAUGACCAGGGAUCAACCCCAGAUGGGAUUCACACACAUUCCCUUGGUCGCAUUCUAUCACUUUGAUUCAAUGCACUUUAAACCCUGUUUGCCACAAUCUAUUCUUUCCUUUUCUAACUCAUUAAUUGAGGCGUAGUCAUGGAGAUUAUUUAUUUAGUUUAACUCUCCUUGUGACAGAGAGGAAGAACUGAAGGGAGCGAGGAUGAUAACGUGAAGUUAGAUGACUCAGAUGUUCCCCGUGUUGUCUCUUGUCGGUGUCUUUGAGCCCUCUUACUCUUUCGUCUGCCUGUGAUCAGCUGCAGGUGCAGCACGGACACAAACCUAUUGCCACUGUAUAAAGGCUAAUACUCAACCCUGUACAUUUAAUGCAAACACACUUUUGCAUUUUCCAACAGAUGAUCCUGUGGUUUUGAAAUGUGGAAAAUGCAGUCUACUGAUUGGCCAGUGGUGCUGUUAAAGGGAAAAUUCAGCAGAUUUUUUGUUUUUUAUAAUCUGAGCUGGGAGGUGUGAUGAGUAGGAGGGCUGAGGAUACCAAGGCUAAACCAAAUGUUUAUUUUAGUGGAUUGUUUGUAAAAUACUGGUGAUUGUUGUAUUGUAUAAUUAGAUGGAGAACACUGCAUGCACGAAAGAAGAGACUGAUUUUAAUGCAAGGGAAUAUUUUUGUUUCAAAGACUGCAUUGAAAAGCAUUUCCUGUUUUCUUGACUGGGCCGAGUGUUAAAGCUGCUGCAACGCGGCAGCGGCAGCAGCAGCAGCAGCGCAGACUGAUAGUUCAAAUUGAUCACAAACCUGUUUUGAUAAAAUCUUACUGCAGCACUGGGACCUGUGGACUUUCCAAAACCUCAAUCUGACUGAGAAGCUUUUGCAAACCUUGAUAUAAUGGCCCAGGAAUUUGCUUCCAAGGCCAAGUAAGUCUGUUAUCUAAAACCUGCAAACAAACACUGUGAUGAGACAGAUGGGUGAUUUGAGAUGACAAACAGAUACACAACAGUGCAUCUUAUAAGGCUAUUUAGGCCAAGGUUAGUGUUUUUAUAAGACCUGGCAAGUUGUUGCGUUUAUUCCAGUUGCAGGAAGUUUUGCAUGUCAGGGCAGUUCGUGUAAUAGCACACAUUGUCAAUCAGUGACGUGCAGAAUAUCAAAAAGAACCAAAAACCUCUAUUCCCUAAACAGCUUUUCAGUUUUUGUUUACAUUCAGAUGUUGACUCUGACUCUGCAAACAAAACAUGGGGAACUGGAAUAAAGUCAUAAAUUAACUCUUGGAAAUAGUAGUUUGGGUUUAGAUUUUUUUUAAUCAAAAGAAUAAUACUAUAAUAGUGAAUAUGAUCACUACUGAAAUCAGAUCACAACACAGUUUAAGGAGAUCUGUUGGUUUUUGAGAUGGCUUAAACUUAACCUCCUUUGUUGGAGAUUAUUCUGCGGGAACACUAUGAAAUCCAGGCAUUAAUCUCACCAGUGCUGACUUGACUAAAAUUAAGAAUAGGGAUUCACCAACCCAACUUUAUCCCUCUCAAGGCAGAGUAUCGUCCAAACAAAAUACUGAUCUGAUACCCACACUUAGAAUCUGUACACCACACUGUGUGGCACUGUAAGGUAAAAUGAGACCAGAGAUCGCUGUGGUUGAAAGUCAGCAGCCUGUCAUGACUGAAUUAAUGAAAUUGAAAGUGGACACACUGAAAUCUAUAAUGAGAUUGACUUUGAAACUGUAUUUAAUAUGGAUCAGUGAGAUCGAGGCCGAUUUGUGUUUUGGUUGGUGCAUCUCGAAUUGGAACGACUGUCAUCCUGCAUUGUUCAAACAACAGAUCACUGUUGCCAUCUGUUGUCAGAGAGAACUAACUGCAACUGCCAGUCAUUGAUGGCAAACAUCCUCUCAGUCACCCACAGUGACAUUAUACAGUUCAUGGAUCUCUCUGUCCUCAGCUCUCAUUUCAACAACAACAACAAAAGAAAUUGUUGAGAUUUAUUCUGACACCAGCACAAACCCAGUUUCUGCAGUGAGAGCCAUUUGUGUUCUUUUUAAGACUUUUGCGUUGCCCCGAUUUUGCACAAAAAUGCAGAUGUAUUAUUUGGAUGUAUGUUUUUUUUUUUUUUUUUUUUUGUUGUUUUUUUUGGAUUUUUUUUUUUUUUUU